UUUCUCAGAGGAAUUUAUAAAUCGUAUUUAUAAAAUUAUUUCAAUGCAAAUUCUAACACCCAACCGCAAUUAAAUCCCGAAGCUGCAUUAAAAAGCAUUUGCAUAACGCUUCGUUUCCACGAAACUCUUCUUCUUCUUCUGCCUCAUCGCUUGAAAUCCUUCUGUUCGGACAUCGACGAAUCGAAGCAUGCGACAAGACGCGGAAGAUUCCGACACCGAGUUCGUGGAGAUCGAUCCGACCGGUCGCUAUGGCCGAUACAAAGAAGUUCUGGGCAGAGGAUCUUUCAAAAAAGUAUACAGGGCAUUUGACGAGAUGGAAGGGAUUGAAGUGGCGUGGAACCAAGUCAAAGUGGACGACGUUCUUAGCAGCUCCGAGGAUUUGGAGCGUCUGUAUUCGGAGGUUCACUUGCUAAAGACUCUUAACCACAAAAGCAUAAUCAAGUUUUACGCCUCUUGGAUCGAUUCCGGACACAAAACCAUCAACAUCAUCACCGAGGUUUUCACCUCCGGAACCCUCCGCCAGUAUCGUAAGAAGCAUAAGAGGGUUGAUCUGAGAGCACUGAAGAAAUGGUCGAGACAGAUACUGGAGGGUCUUGUUUAUCUUCACAGCCAUGAUCCUCCAGUGAUCCAUAGAGAUCUGAAAUGUGAUAACAUCUUCAUUAAUGGCAACCAAGGCGAGGUCAAAAUUGGAGAUCUCGGCUUAGCCGCCAUUCUUCGUCAAGCUCGUUCUGCUCACAGCGUCAUCGGAACUCCCGAGUUUAUGGCACCGGAGCUUUAUGAAGAGGAUUACAAUGAACUCGUGGAUAUCUACGCCUUCGGGAUGUGUUUGCUCGAGUUGGUAACCCUUGAGUAUCCAUAUCUCGAAUGCUCCAAUGCCGCUCAAAUAUACAAGAAAGUAACAUCGGGAAUUAAGCCGGCCUCGCUAGCCAAUGUGAAGGAUAUCCGAGUGAGAACAUUCAUAGAGAAGUGUAUUGCUAAGGUCUCGGACCGCCUUUCAGCCGAGCAGCUUCUGGAUGAUCCUUUUCUCCAAUGUCACGAGGGAGAUAUCGGAUGCAUAGGCUGUCCGUUGCAUCUUAAGGGCCCUCUCAAAGAAGCUUGCUGCAAUGGAAAGAAGAACAUUGGAGAUGCAUUAAUCCAAGAUUCGGGUAUCGGAUUAACGGUAGAAGGCCAGCGUAAGGACGUCAAUACGAUUUUCCUGAAGCUACGUAUCGCCGAUUCCGCAGGUCAUGUCCGAAACAUUCACUUCCCAUUCGACAUAGAGGCGGACACUUCUUUCUCGGUCGCUCUCGAAAUGGUGGAAGAGUUGGAUCUUACGGAUGACCAAGAUGUCUCGACGAUAGCUGAAAUGAUCGAUGCGGAGAUACGUUCGCAUAUCCCGGACUGGAUUCCCUCUGGAUAUAAUAACAGCAACCAUGAAAACGUUCGUGAGAAUUUCGUGAUCAACAAGUGCUUGUCAUCUCCGGCCACUUUGCGUCUCGAAAGACUGCCAUCGGGGAGAAAAUUCUGGUCCUCGCCCAAGGCUUCAACGGCGGCCGGGAACUCACUAUUCGGGCCACGGCCUGGUUCUAAACUGUCCCGACAGCCCGAAGAAACCGACUUAAGAGAUGAAGUAAAGAUCGCUGAGAUAGCCGAGACGCUCGAGUAUUUGUUGAUAAAUCAGAAACAUGAGAUGGAAGAGCUAAGGAUGAAUCAAGAACGUGUAGUUUCGGAUUUCUUGAAGGAUUUUGCUCCCGAGAUCUGUCAAAGGGCUCUGACGACAUGCAAGAUCAAGAUUCCGUACAAUGGCGUUACUCCGUUGUGGUGAAAAAGCGCAUGCAGAGUUUGGACACAGAUUCAAGAUCGUAUGUUUUAAAGCAGUCCAUACACUUAAUUUCGAUCCCGUAAAUGUUCAACAAACUAACAAGCAAAUUCUCGAUAUUAUUAUAUUAUUUGUAAAAAAGAGUGACCAAUUCAAAUCACAAGCACUACAUUCAACUAUACAUAUAUAUAUAUAUAUAUAUAUAGAUCGGACGAGGAGUACAUAUUCCCCCUCCAACAGCCGCCAAAUUCAACAGCCACAUGAUCUAACGGGGGCAGAAACAACUUCCAUUAUCAAUACGAAGAAACGAAGAAGAAAAGAGAUGUUCCAAGGGAAGAAGAUCUGGAAGAAGAAGCAUAUCUGGUCUGGUCAAAUGUCCUUCAAUUCAGACAGAUGGGAAGUGAAGGGAAGAGAAGAUACUCGUAUACAUGUAUGUAUGUGUUUAUAUAUAGAGAGACGAUUUCCUUUCCUUUUUUUUUUUUCUCUAAAAUAGAAUUUAGGAGUUAACGAUCAAUGA